UUUUUGUUUUAUGUUACGUUGAGAGAAACGUAAAUCUCAUUCACUAAAUGCAACUGUUACGAAGUGCACGGGGAGUGAAUCGAUCGUUCGUCAUGAUUGAAGAUUGACGAACGACGCUUUAGGAUCUCCUCGUAAUGUUCAGAAUUUAAAGAUUCCUCAUCAAAAGUGUUAGGAUGGCUAUCAUUAGUUUAAUAAUCAUUAUGACUGCGUGCUUUUUCAGACUUGUACUUUUUUGUAAUGGUUCACCGACGCUACUCUUUGUUACACAAAAGGAUAUUAGAAUGGCUAAUACCUCCCGUACCAAUAAAGUAACCACUAUCAUAAAAGAUCUCUCCGAAGGUGCAGCUUUAGACUUUUAUUUUGAACAAGAAUUGGUGUGUUGGUCCGAUAGCGGUCUAGAAAUAAUUCAAUGUAUUCGAACAAAUGGCACGCACACUGGCGAAAGAACAAUUAUAGUAAAUUCUAGCCUGAUAUCCCCCGAUGGUUUAGCCUGUGAUUGGUACACAGGAAAGCUAUAUUGGACAGACGGGGAGAAAAAUAGAAUAGAAGUGACGAGCAUCGACGGGCGUCACAGGAAAGUUCUUUUUUGGACGGACAUUUAUCAGCCAAGAGCCAUAGCUCUAGUACCAAUGAAGAGUAUACUAUUUUGGACAGAUUGGGGCGAUGUACCGAAAAUAGAAAGGGCGGCGAUGAACGGAGAUCCUUUAAGUAGAGAGGUGAUCAUUUCUGACGAUAUAUUUUGGCCCAAUGGUUUGACAGUGGAUUAUGACAACGAAUUGGUUUAUUGGGUAGACGGGAGGCUCAAGUUUAUAGCAGUAAUGGAUUAUUAUGGAAAAAAUAGACGAAAAGUAGUUGAACAAGGAUUAGAUUAUCCGUUCGCAGUUACGUUUUUUGAUCAUAGAUUGUACUGGACCGAUUGGAAAACAUGGUGUAUACACUCGUACGACGUGCGUCAGCAUCAGGCGCAUCCUAGGGAAUUGCUGCACGGAGAAUAUAUUCCUGGUGACAUAGAAGUGUGGGAUGUUAGGAGACAACCGCACGGGAAUCAUCCUUGCGAAAAGAAUAAUGGAAAUUGUUCGCAUUUGUGUCUGCUAAGUUUGACGGAGCCCGGAUACACGUGUGCGUGUCCCACGGGCGUUAAGUUAGUAGAUAACUUGACUUGCGCGGAAGGACCAGAAGAAUUGUUGUUAAUAGUUCAGAGAACCGAAAUUUGUCGAAUAUCUUUAGAUUCGCCCGAUUAUACCAACUUUGUACUACCACUGAUAGGAAUUAAACAUGCAAUAGCAAUCGACUUUGAUCCUAUGCAAGAAAUGCUUUAUUGGACCGACGAAGAAGCUUGCGCGAUCCGUAGAGCCUCUCUUAACGGCUCUAAUCAAGAGAACAUUAUAACGACAGAGGUGGAAAAUCCUGAUGGAAUAGCCGUGGACUGGCUGGCUCAGAAUCUUUACUGGACCGACACGGGAACGGAUCGAAUCGAAGUGGCUCGAUUAAACGGCACGAGUAGAAAAGUAUUGAUAAACGAGGACCUGAUCGAACCUAGAGCUAUUGCCCUGGCUCCGGAACUCGGUUGGAUGUUCUGGACCGAUUGGUACGAAAAACGACCGAAAAUAGAACGGAGCAACCUGGACGGAACCGAGCGUAUUCUUCUGGUAACGAAAGAUAUUGUUUGGCCAAACGGGAUCGCUUUGGAUCUCACGAGAUGGAAAAUUUAUUGGUGCGACGCGAAAACGGAUAAGAUCGAAGUGUGCAACAUGGACGGUACCGACAGGAGAGAAGUAAUUACAGAUAAUCUUCCGCAUCUUUUCGGAUUGAGUUUGUUAGGGGAUUAUUUGUACUGGACCGACUGGCAGAGACGAAGCGUGGACAGAGCACAUAAAUUAACAGGCGGCGAGAGAGAAGUGAUUGUCGAUCAAGUUCCCAAUGUUAUGGGUUUAAAGGCAGUACACUUGGGAAAGGUUAAUGGUACAAAUCCAUGCGCGAAACAUAACGGAGGAUGUAGUCAUUUGUGUCUAAAUCGACCGGGAAACAAAUACGUUUGCGCUUGCCAGAUUGGAUACGAAUUAACGAAAGAUAAGAGGACCUGCAUCGUCCCGGACGCGUUCAUGCUGUUCGCAAAGAAAGAAAACAUCGGAAGAAUCAGUAUCGAAAAUGCAAAUAACGACAACAUUAUUCCGUUGACUGGCAUCAAGGAUGCAAGCGCCUUGGAUUUUAACAUAGCGGACAAUCGUAUUUAUUGGACGGACGUUAAAUUGAAAACAAUUACAAGAGCUUUUAUAAAUGGGUCCGAUAUGGAAAGAGUCGUCGAUCUUGGUUUAGAAACACCCGAAGGAUUAGCAAUAGACUGGAUUGCUCAUAAUUUGUAUUGGAGCGACACGGGAACUCGAAGAAUAGAAAUGGUUCGAUUAGAAGGUUGCAGUAGGAAGGUUCUCGUAUGGAAUAACAUUAUCGAACCUAGAUGUCUGGCCCUAGAUCCCAGUAGAGGACACAUGUAUUGGACAGAAUGGGGAAAUUUCGGCAGUAUAGAAAGAUCGUUUUUAGAUGGUACGAAUCGCGAAACGUUACUUUUUAAAAUCGGAAGAGCAAGUGGUUUAACAAUCGAUCAUUCCGCACGGAAAUUAUACUGGGCAGAUUUACAUACUCCAGCCAUCGAUAGUUUUGAUUUGUAUACAAAGAAAAGAGACGCAAUCGUAACACAAAAUAUUGGUUACCCGUUUAGCAUAACUCAAUAUCAAGAUUAUAUUUACUGGACAGACUGGAAUACAGGCGAUAUAGAGAAAGCUAAUAAAACUACAGGGGCGAAUAGAGUGAAAAUACAUAAUAAGUUGGAAUCUGUGACGGACUUGUUAGUCUUUCAUCCUUCUAAGCAAGCAGGAUGGAAUCCCUGUUCGUUAAAAAAUGGAAAUUGUAGCCACCUUUGCAUCGCGUUGCCCGGAGAAAAUGAAAGCGUAUCUAAUUCUUUCAAAUGCGAAUGUCCUACUCAUUAUAACUUGCAAAAAGAUAACAAAUCGUGCGAUGCGCCAAAGAUCUUUAUGAUGUACAGUUUACGCAAUGCAAUUUUUCGCUUCCUUCCCGAUACCAGCGAUUGUUCGGACGUGGUUCUGCGAAUUCAGGGUUUAAAAAAUGUACGGUCUAUAGAAUUCGACCCCGUAACUCAACAUAUUUAUUGGAUAGAUGGUCGAACUUCGUCUAUAAGGAAGACUUUGGAAAAUAAAACACAUUCGAGCGUAAUGGUUUCCGGAAGUUCCGGACAUCCUGUGGAUUUGGCUUUGGACCCGUUAGGAAGAUUGUUAUUCUGGUCUUGUGCUAUAAACGAUGCCAUCAAUGUCACGAAACUUGACAAUGGCUCCGCUUUGGGUAUCGUGGUGAAAGGUGAUGGGGAGAAACCAAGAAAUAUUGCAAUACAUUCUGAAAAGAGACUUCUUUUCUGGACAGACGUUGGAAGGAAGGUGAGAGUGAUGCGUAGUAAAAUGGAUGGAGAAGAAAGGGUCGUAAUUGCGGUUGAUCUCGAACAACUAACCAGUAUCGCGGUCGAUGCGGUCUCAAAUAUUGUAUACUGGGCGCAUGGAAAUCGGAUCGAGUACGCUGACUUUGAUGGAAAUAACAGAAAAAUUCUAGUCUCUCUUGUGAAACAAGGAUCGACCAUUUAUUUAACCGUCUUUCUUGAUUUUGUUUAUUGGUUCGAUAAAGAAACUUCAAGCUUAGAGCGUAUUAACAAGUCUGGAAACGGAAGAAAAGUGAUUAUGAAUAAAAUGCUUACAGAUAUAAUUACAGUGAAUACUCCACAAAUUGAUAUAAUGAAAACGCACAUAUGCAGCCCCUUUCGUGAUUACGGGGGAUGUUCUCAUUUCUGUAUCGGAACCACUUUGUCCAAAUGUUCUUGUCCAAAGUCUUUGGUUCUAUCCGAAGAUGAAAAAACUUGUAGAGCUGCACCAGUCUGUGGAACGGAUCAUUUUACUUGCACUGCGCCCAGUUCUGCAAUGGCAAAAGAUUGUAUACCGGUGACAUGGAAAUGCGAUGGUCAAACAGAUUGUCCCGAUGGAAGCGACGAAUUAGGCUGUCCGGCUUGUAGUAGCGAACAAUUUAAAUGCCAAAGUGGUCACUGUAUCGAUAUGUCCUGGGUAUGCGAUGGAACAGCCCAAUGCCACGACGGUUUGGACGAAGCUCAUUGUUGUCGUCCAGGUCAAUUUCAAUGUAUUGGAAACGGUGUUUGCAUAUCCGGUUCGGCUUUGUGCGAUGGCUGGGAAGAUUGUGCCGACGGCAGCGACGAGCUCACGUCCGCGUGCACGCCUGCAAACAAUCCACGACAAGAAAACAGCUCGUUGGAAUCAGGAAAAAUUACAUACGUCAUUGUAGUGCCUAUCGGAUUGACUGCAACGAUCGCCGCAGUCGCUUUUGGAUUUUAUUACUGUAGGAGAAAAUUUAUAAACAACGAAGAAUUGCCAGAUAUUUUGCACGAUUCUGCCGGGGAUCCUUUGUCGCCGAAACCAGUCAGAUUGACAAAGCCAAUAUUCGCACAGAAAAAUUGCAGAAAGGAUUUGAAAAUAGAAAUGGAAACCGUAAGGAUGUCGAUGCUGAAUGGGAGCAGUAUCGAAUCGAGCUACGAUAGAAGUCAUAUUACCGGUGCAUCAAGUUCAACUCGGGGUAGCUCUGCAGGAGGGUAUCCCCAAGAAACAUUAAAUCCUCCUCCAAGUCCAGCAACAACAGCAAAUUCUACCAGGUGCUCGAGCAGCAAUGCAUCUAGAUAUAAACCUUAUAGGCAUUAUAGGAGUAUUAAUCAGCCCCCACCCCCGACUCCUUGCAGUACAGACGUUUGCGACGAGUCGGACAGUAAUUACCCGGCAAGAUAUAGAUACGAAAGUGAGCCAUUUCCUCCGCCUCCUACUCCAAGAUCCGUUUACCAGAGCGACGCAGGAAUUAGUUGUCCUCCGUCUCCUAGUUCAAGAUCCUCUACCUAUUUUAGUCCUCUUCCUCCUCCCCCUUCUCCUGUCCCUUGAAUUUAUUGCAAUCUUUUGAUACUUCAUUUUCCACGAAAACAAAUAUUUUUACAAGAUUUCGAAGAUUUUCGAAAGAACGGACAGCUCUCAGAAUGUUUAUUUUAUUUAUGAAACGAGUAAAAGAUCAUUUUUCUAGAUGAUAUUUUCUUUUCGAUAAUUUUUAAAGUCAACUAGAGCAGUAAC